UCAAACUAUGAACAUCGGGUUUAUUUUCCCCUUAUUAACUAGGAUAACACCAGACCUAAUCCACCAAGACUGGCCUACAAUCAUACAAAAUGAUUAUUAAAAUGUCUGUAUAAUUAAUAUAUAGGUAAACUGAAUACGACCCGUCUUUAUGGCUCGAUCGACGCGACCCACAUUGCCUUCUGCAGCCAAGGGUUUGACGACACGUCACCAUGAAGGGGGUAUUUAGGCCUGACACGCCGCUUUGGGGGACUUGCAGCCUCUACCAAGAUAUCUGGUGGUAAGGAGGUGAAGAUCGGUACGUGAACCGCCAUUCAGCAUGCCUUCCGUGAGACGCGCCGAGCGAUUAAAGCCCUUCAAGCAGCGGAAAAGCUUCGUUGCACGAAAGCACGAGGUGGCCGGGAUCCGGGCGAAAUUUCCCACCAAGAUCCCAGUAAUUCUUGAAAGAUACCAAAAAGAAAAGUACCUACCGUCACUGGACAAGACGAAAUUUCUGGUCCCAGAAGAACUGACAUUAAGCCAGUUCAUUACCGUCAUAAGAAACCGGCUGUAUCUUGUGCCAAGACAAGCGUUCUAUCUGCUGAUUAACAAUAGCGGGAUGUCUAGCAUGUCCCUCACCAUGGCGGAGAUCUACAAGGACCACAAGGAUGAGGAUGGGUUCCUCUACAUGACUUAUGCUUCUCAGGAGAUGUUCGGCUUCCCAGGGGCACCUUGCCCCCGGGGGACAGUUACACGGUGACCAGCCUCCCCGUCAUCUCGCCUACCGCUGAAGAAUGGUGCCUUCCUUUUAAAGCAUGCAUGUACGUUUGGCAGGUCCAAGAGAGAGCGUAUUUGCAUGUUGUAUAACGAAGAAUUUUAGUCUAAGCUGUCACAUUUUAAAAAAUAUAAAAUACAGAAGAAUAAAUUUGUAACUUUUUAA